GAAAAUCCCUCAUUUUUGCCCCGGAGACAUCAAAUCCAUUCAAGUUUUGUAUUCCUCACCAUGAUGAAUACCACACAAACUGUAGGAACAGAUGGUUCCAAGGUUAAUGUAUAUAAGAAUUGGGAUAUCCCACGUAAAAUCCAGUGGAAAGCCACCAAACUUUCUCUCAAAGAGAGUCGGGUGGAAAGCAAAUCUUCAACCUCAUCUCAACCUUCAUCGGCCACAAAUAUCAACUGCAAUGAGGGAGGACCAAAACAAAAGUUCGCGUUUAUCAAUUCAUCAUCUUCUGGGACAAAAACAGAUGUUAAUGUACGAAAGUUCGUACGGAAGCAUGUGAGGAAUGAUUUCCUAAGCAAAACGGCUCGGAAAAGUAAAGGAGAUCCUAAAGUCCGUUCAAGAUCUAUAAAAUCUUUCGUGGAGCCCAACUCAGUCAUCACUGAUCAUCCCCAACACGAUGGUCUUAUUAUUGAGAAUCUCAUCGGGCUUCCGACUGCACUCAGCUUGUCUCCGUGGCCCAUUGAGAUGACAACAAGAACGCACCUCUUGCUGGGCAGAUACUUUACGCAUGCUAGUUCGAGAAUGUAUCCAUUGUCCAAAUAUCUUUCCUACAACCCUCUACGUUCAGAUGAAUGGUUUCGGUUUACAAUCAACGAUGCAACGAUGUUUCAUGCGAUAUUAUAUGCUGGCGCAAUAUAUCUCUCCUUGCUUCAAGGUGGGAAAGACUCGGAAGAUUCAGUGUAUCACCUCAGCAAGACCUUAGGAAAGGUGAAGGAAAAACUCCAGAAUGGGAAACCAGCAGACGAUAGCACUAUUGCUGCAUUGUCGUGUGUAGCUUUGGGAGAAGCAAAUACAGGCCAUUCGGAUUUAUGGCAUAUUCAUAUGCGUGGCAUACAACAAAUGAUAAACACACGAGGCACGAUGUCAUCUCUUCCUAUGAUUAUACAGACAAAACUUCGUCGGUCUGAUAUCACUGGUGCGAUUGAUUACGCUGCUGAACCAUAUCUUUACUACAAGCCACGAAAUCAUUCGGAAAUAUCAAUAUCUAAAAUUCUACCUGCACACAGGAUCCUCACCAUCAAUACUGACAUUGGAACUUCACUCGCUAAAUGCGGUAUUCAGUCAAAUCUCAUAGGAAUAAUGCAAUAUCUAGCUAUCUUCUACCAGUCCAUACAGUUCGCCUCAUCAUCCAAAACUCUUCUCGACCCAGGAGAUUUUCUUGAUGACAUUUACUGGAUUGAGUAUGAAUUGUUAUCCUUUCCCCGGUCCCUAGGAGGGGGCCAAGAGCCUAUUAUCGGCAAAGCGACUCGUAUCGGAGCUCUACUAUUCAUGAAGUCGAUACUGGAAGAAUACCCGCAUUCCGCUACUGGUUGUUCUAUCCUCUUACAACAAUUACAAGAAUCUCUGUCCACAAUUGAUACCGCGACAACCACAGAACAAAAAUGUCAAUGGCUGAUUUGGUUAUUUACUAUUGGCGCUGUUCAUUCAAAGCGGGAUCAUAUCACACGAACUUGGUUUGUGGAGAAGUUGGCGGGGGGUUUGCAUACGGAGUGCUUGAAAGAUUUACUAGUUGACGGGCAAGUACAUGCAGAGCUACAUGCAGAGAAGCUAGAAGACGGAGGAGAACUCCAAUUGUGGAGAUUAUUGGAGUUGAGACAAGUUAUUGGAAAGAGAGAUCUCUUCCUACUUUGGGAUGAUGUUGCUCGGUGGAGACGAGAAUCUUACGGUUUUGGGGAAGGGAAUUGGGCUUGAUGAUUUCUUGGGGCUGGGCUGGCUACUGACGGAUGGUACGCUACCGAGUUACCUCAGGAUACAUGCAUAUCUGCAAAGAUCACCACUACUCAUGUCUCUUUUCGAACAAAUCAAACCGACGCAAAUGAUGUCGUAUGACAGGGAAAAUAUGGAGAUAGUUCGGAAGGUAUUCACACCACACGAAUCAGCCCUGUCCACACUAAGAAGAUUCCAUGCCUUCCAAGAUCCUUCUAGAGCAUUACCCAAACGAGUCAAUUAAUAUAAUUCAGAUGUCUAGAGAAACCA